UCUCUCUCUCACACUUUAUUUAUUUAUAUUUUAUUUGUUUAUCUUCAAGGCUUGAAUCUCAUGCUCUAGGUCGAUGACCCUAUGUGAUCUCCAAAUUCGCUCUUAAUCUCCAAAUUCGACUCCCUCAAGUUCUAAUAUCUGUAAAGGAAGAACUGGAGUCACCAUUAUCCCCUGCAAUGGAUGCCGUAAUAAGAGUAUUCAAACAUGUCAAUGGACUACCUGAGCGUGAGGGUGAUGGUAAAGUGCCUGGAGCUACAUUUUGUUCAAUCCGAUUUUUGGUGGCAUCCACGCAAGCCAUUAAUCUAAUUGGAAAGCAAGGCUCUUCAAUCAAAUCAAUACAGGAAAGCACCGGUGCCUCCAUUCGGGUUCUCUCAAGUGAUGAGGUGCCACAUUAUGCCAACUCAGACAAGAGGAUUGUUGAGAUGCAGGGAGAAUCUCUCAAGGUUCUUAAGGCUGUGGAAGCUGUGGUGGGCCACUUAAGGAAGUUCUUGGUGGACCAAAGCGUUCUUCCCCUAUUUGAAAAGAGUUACAAUACACAAGCCUCACAGGAACGCCAAAUAGAAACCUGGGCUGAGAAGUCAUUGCUGCAUAGUACUUCUCAAAUUGGGAUGGAUGCUAAUUAUCCUCUUGCAGUGAAGAGAGAUCCUCUAUUUCACGACCGUGAAACCCAGUUUGAAUCAAAUAUCCAUUCUUCUGUAAUUUCGCUGUAUGGCCAAGAUCCUGGACUUUCAAGAAUGCGUUCUUCGGGACUUGGUCAUGCCAGUGGUCCUUUUGAAACCCAGAUUGCACAAACAAUGCAAAUACCACUUUCUUAUGCGGAGGACAUCAUUGGGAUUGGAGGGGCAAAUAUUGCAUACAUUCGACGUACCAGUGGCGCCAUCCUCUCCGUGCAAGAUGAGAUCACAGUUCACCAUCAGUGGCCAUGGACAGAUCAGAAACAAAGGCUCAAAUAA